CUGCAGCCGCGGCCGCAGCGCUCCGUACGGAGAGGGUUGAGGCGGCGCCUGGCGUCGCCCGGAGGGAGCGGCUCAGCGAACAGUCCCCGCGCGGGCGGCGGCGGCGGCGGGCCGGCGGGAGGGAGCCCGCUACGAGUGCCCUCACUCCCCGCCGCUCUCCAUGAACCGGGCGGAAUAAGCCGCGCCUCCAGCAGGGACUGCGCCUGCCAUGAAUCCCUAGGUUUUUUUUUUUUUCCUUUCUCUCCCUGCACCUCACCCCCCACCCCGAGUCCCGUCCCGCCUUCUCCCGUCUCCAGCCGCGGCGGCGUCCAGGUGCGGAGUCCAGAGCGGAGCGCAAUGGCGUCCAACCCCGAACGGGGGGAGAUUCUGCUCACGGAGCUGCAGUAUUUAUGAGGGAGCAGAACUGCAUUACAUUAUUUUUCCUGAGCCACUGGGGACAGUGAGGAUAGCUAUCUUAAGGGGGAUUCCCGAAGUCUUCCAUUUUCUGAGAAUGUGAGUGCUGUUCAAAAACUAGACUUUUCAGAUACCAUGGUGCAACAGAAAUUGGAUGAUAUUAAGGAUCGAAUCAAGAGAGAAAUAAGGAAAGAACUGAAAAUCAAAGAAGGAGCUGAAAAUCUAAGGAAAGUUACAACAGAUAAAAAAAGUUUGGCUUAUGUAGACAACAUUUUGAAAAAAUCAAAUAAAAAAUUAGAAGAACUACAUCACAAGCUUCAAGAAUUAAAUGCACAUAUUGUUGUAUCAGACCCAGAAGAUGUUUCAGAUUGCCCGAGAACUCCAGAUACUCCAAAUAGUGACCCUCGUUGCUCUACUAGCAACAAUAGAUUGAUGGCUUUACAAAAACAAUUGGAUAUAGAACUUAAAGUCAAACAGGGUGCAGAGAACAUGAUACAGAUGUACUCAAAUGGCUCUUCCAAGGAUCGGAAGCUCCAUGGUACAGCUCAGCAACUGCUUCAGGACAGCAAGACAAAAAUAGAAGUCAUACGAAUGCAGAUUCUUCAGGCAGUUCAGACCAAUGAAUUGGCUUUUGAUAAUGCAAAACCUGUGAUAAGUCCUCUUGAACUUCGAAUGGAAGAAUUACGGCAUCAUUUUAGGAUAGAGUUUGCAGUUGCAGAAGGUGCAAAGAAUGUAAUGAAAUUACUAGGCUCAGGAAAAGUAACAGACAGAAAAGCACUUUCAGAAGCUCAAGCGAGAUUUAAUGAAUCAAGUCAGAAGUUGGAUCUUUUAAAGUAUUCGUUAGAGCAAAGAUUAAAUGAACUUCCCAAAAAUCAUCCCAAAAGCAGUAUUAUUAUUGAAGAGCUUUCUCUUGUUGCAUCACCAACCUUAAGUCCACGUCAAAGUAUGAUAUCUACACAAAACCAGUAUAGUACACUGUCCAAACCAGCGGCAUUAACAGGUACUUUGGAAGUUCGUCUUAUGGGCUGCCAAGACAUCCUAGAGAAUGUUCCUGGACGGUCAAAAGCAACAUCGGUUGCACUACCUGGCUGGAGUCCCAGUGAAACCAGAUCAUCUUUCAUGAGCAGAACGAGUAAAAGUAAAAGCGGAAGUAGUCGAAAUCUUCUAAAAACCGAUGACUUGUCCAAUGAUGUCUGUGCUGUUUUGAAGCUAGAUAAUACUGUGGUUGGUCAAACUAGCUGGAAACCUAUUUCCAAUCAGUCAUGGGACCAGAAGUUUACACUGGAACUAGAUAGGUCACGUGAGCUGGAAAUUUCAGUUUAUUGGCGUGAUUGGCGAUCUCUGUGUGCUGUAAAAUUUUUGAGGUUAGAAGAUUUUUUAGACAACCAGCGGCAUGGCAUGUGUCUCUAUUUGGAACCCCAGGGUACUUUAUUUGCAGAGGUUACUUUUUUUAAUCCAGUUAUUGAAAGAAGACCAAAACUUCAAAGACAAAAGAAAAUUUUUUCAAAACAACAAGGCAAAACAUUUCUCAGAGCUCCUCAGAUGAAUAUUAAUAUUGCCACGUGGGGAAGGCUAGUGAGAAGAGCUAUUCCUACAGUAAAUCAUUCUGGCACCUUCAGCCCUCAAACUCCUGUGCCUACUACAGUGCCAGUGGUUGAUGUACAUGUCCCUGAGCUAGCACCUCCAACUAGUGAUUCUACAGUAACCAAAUUGGACUUCGAUCUUGAGCCUGAACCUCCUCUGGCCCCACCACAUGCUUCUUCCCUUGGAGAAAUAGAUGAUUCUUCUGAAUUGAGAGUUUUGGAUACACCAGGACAGGAUUCAGAAACUGUUUUUGAUAUUGAGAAUGACAGAAACAGUGUACUUCCAAAGUCCCAAUCUGAUGAGUCUGAUAUUCCUCAGUCAGGCCUAGAAUAUAGUGGUAUUCGAGAACUUGAAGAUAGAAGAUCUCAGCAAAAGUUUCAUUUUAAUCUACAAGAUUUCACAUGUUGUGCUGUCUUGGGAAGAGGACAUUUUGGAAAGGUGCUUUUGGCUGAAUAUAAACACACAAAUGAGAUGUUUGCUAUAAAAGCCUUAAAGAAAGGAGACAUUGUGGCUCGAGACGAAGUAGACAGCCUGAUGUGUGAAAAAAGAAUUUUUGAAACUGUGAAUAGUGUAAGGCAUCCCUUUUUGGUGAACCUUUUUGCAUGUUUCCAAACCAAAGAGCAUGUUUGCUUUGUAAUGGAGUAUGCUGCCGGUGGGGACCUAAUGAUGCACAUUCAUACUGAUGUCUUUUCCGAACCAAGAGCUGUAUUUUAUGCUGCUUGUGUAGUUCUUGGGUUGCAGUAUUUACACGAACACAAAAUUGUUUAUAGAGAUUUGAAAUUGGAUAAUUUACUGCUAGACACAGAGGGCUUUGUGAAAAUUGCUGAUUUUGGUCUUUGCAAAGAAGGGAUGGGCUACGGAGACAGAACAAGCACAUUUUGUGGCACUCCUGAAUUCCUUGCCCCAGAAGUAUUAACAGAAACAUCCUAUACCCGGGCUGUAGAUUGGUGGGGGCUUGGUGUACUUAUAUAUGAAAUGCUCGUUGGUGAGUCUCCCUUUCCUGGUGAUGAUGAAGAGGAAGUUUUUGACAGUAUUGUAAAUGAUGAAGUAAGGUAUCCAAGGUUCUUAUCUACAGAAGCCAUUUCCAUAAUGAGAAGGCUGUUAAGAAGAAAUCCUGAGCGGCGCCUUGGGGCUGGUGAGAAAGAUGCAGAGGAUGUAAAAAAGCACCCAUUUUUCCGGCUAAUUGAUUGGAGUGCUCUGAUGGACAAAAAAGUAAAGCCACCCUUUGUUCCCACCAUCAGAGGAAGAGAAGAUGUUAGUAAUUUCGACGAUGAAUUUACCUCAGAAGCACCUAUUCUGACUCCUCCUCGAGAACCAAGGAUACUUUCGGAAGAGGAGCAAGAAAUGUUCAGAGAUUUCGACUACAUUGCUGAUUGGUGUUAACUUCCCAGACACUGUGAACCAAGCAGACCGACUCACAGAAAACCUCUCACCAGCAACCUUCCAUUUGCUGUCUGUGCUACCUGUAGCUUCUGAGUUGUUUCUUGAAAAACACAUGAAGAUUUGUUUAAAGUACCGUUCUAAUACCCUCUUGAAAAGUGGCUUCUCGAUAUAUUUUCAACAUAAAUCUGAGCACUGGAAACAUGGAGUUUAAGCUGAACAAACAUCGACCGUGAAAAUCUAUCCAAAAGAAUGCUUUUGGAUCAAUAGUCUAUUUUACAAAAAGAAAAAAACCACUUUUUUGUAGAACCUAGCUUUGCCAUAUGUCUGCCUUAAGAGGAAGGAAAAUGAGUAACAUAACUAUGCUUUACAGAAAGAAGCAGAAGGGCUCGGAAUGCUGUUACUGUUCACAUGAAGUUUUCUGUGAAUCACAGAAUUCACAUGAUUCUGUUUGAAUAAGGCAAAUGCUCUUAUUUUUUUUUUUAAGGAAAUUAAUAUCAAAACGUAUAGUGGCAAUGUAUGCACAUUUUUAGGCUUGAUUUUUUAAAAAACAGAAUGAAUUAAUGUCUUGUUUCAUAAAUUUUCUAUAUUUAUUAGGAGAAAACUUUUUACUGCCUUAUCUUUACCAACCAUGUACCAGAGCCUCAUAACUUUCCAACAGAGCUGCUUGCCAAACAAACUUUUUGUUUAUUGAACAAUGCUGAAACAAACAGGAACACCAGCAUUUACUUAAAAUGUUAAGAAUGGGGACUUCUGAUCAGCCUGAACCAAGAUACUGUGUUACCUGUAUGCAUUCCCAAAGUCGAGACACUCAGUAUGUUCCGUCGUAUCUUCCAAAAUCAGUGAACUGAUUACCCCCCCUUUUUGGUAUUCAUUUUACAUGUAUCAACCUACUUCAUCUUGUUUUUGUGUCUGCUGUAGAAGGGAACUAUAACUUUCUUAAACCGUAGGGGUUAUCAUUGUAUACAUGCUGUGAUCAUGUAUAUGUGCAAGUUGUAAUGUAUUCUAUGUUGUAGGCUUAUUAUUUAAUUUCACCACUUCAUCACUUUUGUACAGUGGCCAGGCAGACACCUCAAACUCCAGCAUUUACAUUAAGUGCAUUUGUAUAUUGUAGGCCACUGGAUCCAGAUUUUAUAUUGGCAGUUAUUGAGGGCAAAAGCAAUAUAUUAUAACAGAAUGUAUAAAUAUUUUUGAUAAAACAGUCUAUAUUUUAUAAAAAAUUAUUAUAACACUAAAGCUGCACCUCAAAAGUCUCAAAAAUAAUUUGAUCGAAAUCCUUUUACAGCUCUUCAGAGGAUCCGUUUGUGGCUUUUUAAUACACUUACAGGGAUGUGUUUUUGCAAACCAUGACUUUCCACGUGCCUGUAAUUUCUCUAUUGUACGUGUAUUUUUCCCUCUUAGUCCACACUCCAUUGUUUUGUCUUAGUUUAAUAAUAACAUCUUUGAUUCCUGUAGUUAGCAUGCUAGGGUCAUUAUACCUCAGGAAUAGCAAGCGAUUAACUAUUCUGAAUAAACCAUUUAAUCACAGUGAGCUCAUCUCUUAAAAAUUGUUCAAGUUUAAAUCUUAGUGAUAAACACGAAAAAGCAUAUUGCAUUAUGGAGAGUUGAGCUAAAACCAUUUAUAAAUAUUUCAGCCUUGCUGGGAUGUGUUGGCAUGUUUUCAUUGUACUCUGAGAACGAUUAAAAUUGUCCACAGAUAAUUCGUAUUACUUUCCAAAUUGAUUAUUACCCAAGAUCCUUUGGGAGAAAAUCAUGUAAAAAGAGGGCACAAUAUGUUGCUUAAAGUUACUUUAAAAUGCCCGUUAACUUCCUGGCAAAGGACAAUAGAGGAACUUAGCUUAAUUGUCUGGCUUUAAUUUAAUCAGUGUUAACACACGUUAAAAUAAAACACUAAAUACUUUUGAGGUACAGUCUGCUGACCUUUUCUGGUUCUCAAAUAUGCAAGAAAGCAAUGUCUAAAAUAUUAGGCUUUUAACAUUAAAAACUGACGUAGCAUUUUGUAACUACAACAUGUACAGAAAUGUUUUUUAAUUGAAGUCAAUCACUAAAAAAAUUAGAGGGCAGGGUAUAUUCACACAAUUAAGCUGAAGAAAGCACUAAUUUUUUUUGGUAGUUUUUAAAAUAUAUAUAUUUUAGUCAGAUUUAAAAUUUUAAGCUUUAUAGAGUGUAAAUAUAUUUUGCUAUUACUGUAUGUGUAUGUGACUGCUCAAGCACUUUGUAAGGAAAUUAAGAUAUUUUAGAAUGGUACACUAUGCAUUUAAAUGAAAUGUGCCUUUAACUGUGUUCUAAGAAGUGUUUUGCAGUCAUUCAGUUACCACAAAUGCACAAAUUAAAAUUUAAAUAGCUUGAAAUUUGUAACUUUGGUUUUAAGUAUUAUUUCUUUAUAGAAACUUCCUAUUGAUUGAACUAUGCUUUUGGUGUUCUAUGUUCAAAGUCUGAAAGAAUAAUUAGUGUAGCUUUCUUGCAAGU